GGCGUUUCUAGGAAGGGUUUUGAAUUGAUUAUGGUUUCCAUUUCUCUGGAUAUAGACAGGAGUUAUGUGGGGACUAUGCUCGUGUUCACUAGCGGGUUUGACAUGUGGAGAUGAGCGACACCAGGAAGAGGAGGGCUGAUUCAAGGGCAUCACCACCACCUAAGCGACCAAGACGUGAACCGCAGAUUACUACAAGAAGCUCAGGACCAGUGACCCGCCCGAGAUGCCGUGAUUGUUCAGACGCCUGUAAAAAAGCAAAACGUCACAUUAAAGAGAGCAACUUCUUGUGUAUCGACAUCCCCGUGUGUCUGUUGUAUGAACGAAUACCUAACACAAGCCAGGGAGUCAUUCUCUCGAAGGAACAACGUGUGAACAAGAAGAAACAACUUCAGAGUGAGUUUCUUGAAAAGGCUUGUGGGCUCCGUAAUUCCGGCGGGGGGAUUCUCCUGGUGCACCUGGUCGGGCUGAGCAGCAGGGACAGACAUCCUGGAAAACUUGACGAGUUCACUGACGACCUUCUGGUUAAAUUGAUCGACGACGGGACUCUCUUUGUGGACUGCUUCACGAAGCAGUGGCUGGACGAAAAAAAGGAACUUUCAGACUAUUACGAUUUCAUUAGCAUUACUGUGAGGCCAAAGAACCAAAGCGUAGUGACAGCUAACUUUAUGACCAAGAUCCCAUUUGACUCCAAGAUCGAGGACCCCCGGGCGAGUAAUAUCCACGGGUUACUGAGCACUCGUAAAACGUUCCGGCAUAAGGCACCACUGGUACGUGGACGAGGAAGGAAGUACCGAUUGUUACACGAAUCCAGGAACGUACAACACAAGGCCUUCAAGGCGGAGAAGGGGAACGAAAAGAAGCUGCAAUCACUACAAAGAGACAUACCUGCGCUUGUGCAGUACAUCUGGAAAGAUCAAAGACUCCGUGAAUAUAUCACUUCAUUUUCCAAACUUGACAAAGGUGGCUCAUAUUUCUUUGGAGUCGCGGAAGAGAAGCGUGAAUACGGACGCAAAAAAUAUGUUUCCAUAAAGCUUGUUGACCAUGGUAUUAAUUUGUCAAGACGAGAUUUAAAAGCUCUUAAGCACAACUUGAUAGAGAAGGUACAGUCAGAUAUUUUGUGUUGUUCGUACGACGGGGAGACAUUGAAUAUUGAAGCACAUGAUCUCGUCGUCAUUGACCAUCAUCUCACGAAAGACAAAAACUACGUUAUCGAAGUAGCCGUUGGUGCCGUAGAGGGGCUGGUCUUCUAUGAUGCACGGGGGCCCAGCUCCUUUGCGAUCAAAGAAGGGGAAUUAAAGCGGAUUACAUGUUGUGAAUGGUUUAACACCUUCAAAGCACAAGGUUAACUCUCGCAGUUCUGAUACCAACCACUGAAACAGGCAACGACAAUGAAUGUCAAGACCGGAAACAUUUCAAAACGGGGACGCCACCAUCGGAAAGGAAUAGUUUCUUUAAAAGAAAAACUGAAGAGGCAGGUCGGAAAUGUGGUCAAGCUACCAAGUGGGAACAUAUUCGCUAAACCAGCGAAGCAACUGGGCAACUCUCUUGAUGACAUUCAUGUCUUACUUACAAAAGAUAAGCUUGGGAUACACGCUUACCCUUCGUACAUGGCGGAGCUGGUUAAAAGGCACACUGAUUUAGAGAACAUAAUCAAAGAGACGUUCCCCUCUGGAAAGGGUGGAUUAGUCUAUCUCGCAAGAUCACUAGGGGUGUCACUUGACCUCGAUGUUCGAAUGAAACAGCCUGCUGACGUCAUGUUUGACGUAUGCGUCAUCCUGCCACGUGGCGCUCCGAUAGUGUUGAGUGUCAUCCAAGAAGAUUCCAAGAAGAGAAACGCGAUCUCCAGGUACAACAUUUAUGUCACCAAAGCGCUUAUCAGAGCAGUGCGCAAGUUCACAAAUGAGAACUUUAAUGCCCUAUAUGGAGUUGUCACAUACGGUGAUAUAUCAUCAGCAGAAAGGUUUGCGAAAGCAUAUGUGACCAUUGAAAAAGAGUCGUCUUGUUUCUGUAUCCCGGAAUCGCUGUCAAUGUCGGAUGUGAAAUACGUCAGCAUCACCAAAGCGUUCUCUGCCGUGGCGUCCUCUACGAAGGUGGUCCAGAUGUUGAGCUCUGACAAAAGCCACAGUGACAUGACCCAGACGUGGCUACUGACGCAAGAACAGUUUGUUGCGCUGUCAGAAAACAUUGAUAAGGAUGUUGUGACCGUGAAAGCUGACUCGGGAACAGGUGCCACCACUCUGAUGCUGGAGGUGGCCUCUCGCCUGAAUAGGUCGGGCUUCACGCUGCUGGUCUGUUCAUCGCCAGAUCUCUGCAAGAAUGUCAGGAAGCAAAAGUUGUGUUCGCGUGUGAUGGUCGCUGACGCCUUCUGCAAAUACAUGAAACAGCACAACACCCUGCCUGCACAUGUGAAACAUGUGGUCUGUGAGGGAAGCUGGUCACCCAGGUUUGCGUACAGCGGACAUGUAUGGUGCUUCCUCGGCAAGAGAGGUUUGGGAUAUAUAGAGGUUGUUACAAAUCCGGGAAAGAAAAGCUGUCGGUUCAGGAUUGUGCCUCCCCGGAAACACCGCCAUAUUCACCCGACAUGCCGUGUUGAACACUUGAGAUUCUGAACUGAACAUGUUACGCAAGGCCUUAGCAUCAGUCUCAUACAGAGACUAGACGUCUGAACAUAGGGACACUUGGCAAUAAUCACUGUGUGCAAAUAACAUCCACAUAUCAAGAUACAUUCAGUGCGAUUACACAUCAGAGAUCAUUGUAGUAUUAAUGUGCCAUACGAUUCACAAAACUACAUAACCUGAACGUGCCAUCAUGAAAGGCCAAGUAUGGCUUUGAAGCUUUGUAUACAAAUAAUUAUAGCUAAAAUGGAUAGAAUUAUCAUUAAACCGCCCGCACGUUAUCAGAAAUGA